ACAACAAACUUUAGUAUCUCGCGCUCGUGCUCCCUGUGCAAGCCUGCCGGGAUGGACGUCUGUCAUCUCAGCGAGUUUUGUGACGAGGCACUUCAGGCCUGUGUUCAAAUGUGAUGGCCAUUCUCAGGAAGAGGUGGAUCUUGUCCAUCUUGCUGCUUUACCUACUCACUGACUGUUUUGCUGCUGCAGGUCCUCCAGCUCGUCCCUUGCGCCCUGAGUGCUGUAUGCCAUGUAAUGAAAAAAGCUGUAGUGUAAAUAUCCACUGUACCUGGGAUCAAGGGCCGGACCCUCACAUUCCUACCACAUACAUCCUGCACUGGGAACCAACAGACAGCGCGGAGGAGGAGCAGCCGACCAGUUCUAACAGUUCAAGCAGGGUUAUCGAUCGUGAACACUUUUACUACCAUGAAGAACUUCGUGUUUGGGUUGAGGCUAAAAACCAGCAUGGUUCUGUGCACUCAGAAGAGAAUGUCUUCAAUAUAUCAGAUAUCAUCAAGCCACCCCCUCCUGCUAUCACACUGAGACAGCUGGAGCCAUUAGAGAUAGAGUGGCGUUCCAUUUGUAGUGACCUGCAUUACUCCAUGGGAAACUGUGACGUCCGAAAUCGCAUUGAGACUAACAAUGUCUGGCCUAAGCACGAGGGUGGAUUCCUUCACACCUACACAAUUGACAGCCCUCUUCCUGGCACAGUUUACGAAUUUCAAGUUCGCUGUGCCUGUAGCAUCGGCUUAAUGAGUAACUGGAGCACUAUCCACAGAAUAAGGAGUGCAGAAAAGGCUCCUCUUGGAGAGCUCAACAUAUGGACAUACUGUGGGUCAUCACCUGCAAGUUUUGACUGUGCACUGAGCUGGAAGAAACUUCCUUUAUCUCACGCACGGGGUGUCAUUGUUGGAUAUGAAGUUAGACUCUAUUACAACAAUGGUACAGCCACGUUGGUGAAUGUUUCCACAGCUGAGCCAAGAGGCCAGCUGUUCUGCAGUGACGUGCAGUGUCACCUCCCUGCCUCUCUAAAGGAUGUCUCAUCUGUGUGUGUAUCAGCCUUCAAUGCUCGUGGUGCCACAGUGCCUUCUCAUCUAAUUAUGCCAACACCAGCUAAAAACGAAAAUGAACACGCUCUCGACCUCAAGAUGAAUGAAGAGAACCUCACUGUGUCCUGGGAUCAGCCGCUCUCUCACACCCUGAAUGAAUAUGUGGUGCAGUACAAACAAGUAGGAUGUCCUCCAGGCCAAGGAUUUGAUUGGGUCAAAGUAGACAGCAGCCAAGAAACAGUGUUUUUCAAAGGUAAUUUUAAAAAGUACACACCCUACCAAGUGUCACUGUUCUCGUUGUCACAUGACAAGAAUGUCCGUCACCUUUCAUCAGUUAUUGGAUAUUCUCUUGAAGGAACUCCCUCCAGUGUGCCAUUGUUUAAGGUGUCUUCUAUUGCUGCCACUCAGGUGACCCUGUUUUGGGAAUGUGUUCCUCUGUCCAUGCAGAAUGGGCAGAUCCAAUAUUACCAACUUGGAACAGACGAACAAAACGUGUACAAUGUGAGUGCAUCCUCUCAGUGUGAGAAUGGAACAUUUGAGCUGAAGCAUCUACAUCCAGGCCAGGAGUACAAAGUGUGGAUUAGAGCUGUGACUGGGGCCGGGUCUGGAGCAAACACCACUGCAAGGUUUAGCACAAGGAAACAGCAUGACCAUUAUGUGUAUGUGAUCCCAACCCUGCUUGCAUCAUUUGUUCUGGUUAUAAUAUGCAUUCUUAUUUUACUCCGUUGUUUUCGAGCAAAAACAUGUCAACAUGUGGCUUCAUGUCUCUGUGAGAAAGUGCCAGAUCCCGGCAACAGCCAAAUCUUCAGACAUAUGAAGCUCCAGAUUAAUGACCCCUUGGCUUGGAUCUGCCUACCCAUGUAUGAACAACAUCCUACGAUCUCUGUUUUGGAGGUUGUUAAAAACCAGAUCAACCUGAAGAAAACCUCAGAUGUUGAUGAGAUAACUUGGACAGCGGCAAGAGAUGGGUGCUCAUACAAGGACUGCCAAGAUAAACAGAUUCAGGAUGCUGUUACAAAGGAGCGUGACAGGACAGACCACAGAUGUGAAAGAGAGGAGUAUAGCAAGAUGGUUGACUCUGAUGAGGAAGGGGAUAGGGAGGAGGACAAGGAUGAUUGUUCGAGCUCAUCAAAUAAAGAACAGUUUACAUCAGGUUAUGAAAAGCACUUCAUGCCCACUGCUUUGGAAUUACAGAACGUUUGAUGUUUUUGAGUGGACAUUCAUCUGCCGGACAGUUUGGGGUGGACUUGGUCAUUGUAUGGAAAGAUUUGCUUAUUUGAAAGUUAAUGGCAACUCAUCCAUUAGUCCCCUACUUUUUUUUGUUGCAUUUUCAUGUUGAACCAAACUAACAACAUAUGAAUGUGCAUUGUGUGUUCAGGGUGCAUUGCAAAUGUAUUAAUCUAUUGCUCUUAAGACAAGAAUACGAAAUGCAAAUGCAAAUACACUAUAUCAACGCAAGCGUCAUUCAUAAUUAAAAUGACUCAAGGGAACAGAAGAAAAUGUAACUUGAUUGAUAGAAAAGGCUAACUUCUGAGAUGAUUUUACGCAAGUGUCACUUCUAAAAUGAUUAGGUGAAUUGUUUUAACGGACGACCUUGAAAUUUAACGGAAAAAAAGCAACAAAUAAGUAAAAAAUAUUUAGGGAUUAUGGAUUGAAAAAGUCAUGGAAAUAUAAUUGUUAUGGAAACCGCACCCAUGUACUGACAAUCUUAUUAACAUUAUUCGGUUCAUUGUUGUUUUGAUUGAUUUUAGAGCGUUAUUCAACUUUCUGGAAGACGUUAACGAGAUCUCGCGUUUUUAUCGAGAAGGGUGUUGAACGGAAGCCGCCGUGGGACAGUUCCUGUCGGCGUGCUCAUUUGAACCAAAGGAACGGCUGCUAGGAAGGGGAGAAGAGCGGCCCAGUCCAGAAAAAUCCACCUUUCAACUCGACAUUGUAUGUACAUUGGUUCGUUUACACGGUUAGAAAGCUAAAUCACGUCGAUCAGACUGUCCGACAGGGUACGUUAUUCUGAUAAAGUUAGUAAAAGUCCGCAAUCUAACAUUAGCCUAGCUAGCUGCGAUAGCAUUGUCUUAAGGGUCUUGACUAUUAAGCCGCUAACACUAGCAUUCAAAACGUGUUCGCCAAGUUGUGUUUAAUAUUGGACACUGGUAUUUUUAACAACCGUUUAACAAAAACGUUUGAGCUCGUGUUUAGUUUCUUUAUCACGAUGCGUAUGCAGUGGGUUUCAUAUGAAGAGCAAAUGGCCAUUUCGUCCAUUUUCGUGCCGGGCACACUGGUUACACCCUGCCUGAAAUUGCCUGGCCGACCAGGCCUGAGCAAGAGGGCUUUGGUUAGAAACCAAUUAGAUAUAUAAAAUCAUCGCUAGCGCGGGAUCACCAUGAGAUAAAAAAUAAUCAAUAUUAUAUUAGUGGUAAAGCAAUAAGAGUAGUUAGACAGAGUAAAAGGAAAACACAUGGCCUUUUAGCUUGUAGCCGCAUUGUGGCGAAACCUGUUGUAACUCGAAUCCAACUUUACCCCAACCCGAAGCACCACGAGGGUGCCCGGGCAAGGACGCAACGGGGCUGCUGCGACAUACAGCGAAUACCACCAUUUUAAACGUGUUUUUUUUACAGUCUAUGAGCUACCAUGACUGAAUACAAGCCCCUCGUGUCAGGCACGUGUUUUCCGCUAAACGCACGUUUGAGCGCUUAACAUUGAGACGGCGCAGACAUCUGCGAAAUUCACACCGUUGGACUGGGUAGCGUGGGGUGGAGGUCGAUUAAACGUGCAGCCCGGGCCUCGUUUUGUGCGUGUUUCCCCUACAUUCAAAUGUCGUUUUGAGCCACUUCCGCGCGACUUUACGCUGUACUUUGACCCUACACCAUGCGUGGCUUCCUACAAGUCUUAGCACUAUGACCCAAAAACCGGUGUUCAGUGUUUCCCUACUUUUUAAAGGUGACAAACUAUAGCGAUGUAUUUCACAGUAUGAUUUGUGACGAGAGUUAAUUGUAUCCUGUCAAACGUAUUAUACCCUUUUGCUGCCAUUUCUGCCUUUUAUAGUGUGUUAUUCAUGUUGCAUUAAACAUAUUUUACACUGUAAAA